AUGGAUUGCUCUCACCUGCUCGCGCUGGUGGUCCCCAUGGUUCUUCUGGCCAUCGUCCUCUCCGUUCACGGCGGCCGCCGCCGCCGCCGCCGCCGCCGUGUCUACCUGGUGGACUUCCGCUGCCACCGGCCGGCGGGGAGCUUGCGGACGCCCGUUGCGGCCUUCGCUGAGCACGUCUGGUUCAACACCAGCGGAGACGAGGAGGCGGUCGACUUCCACCUCAAGGUGCUGGAGCGAUCGGGCAUCAGUGGGGAAAGCGCCAUGCCCGACGCCGUCCACGAGAUCCCUGCAAACAUGUCCCUCCGUGGGAUGCGGGAGGAGAUGGAGGUCAUCCUCUUUCCGAUAGUGGCGGACCUGCUCGCGGCCAGCGGCGUUCACCCCUGGUCCAUCGAUGCCGUCGUCUCCAACUGCAGCCUCUCCUCCCCGAUGCCGUCCCUGUCGGCGAUGCUGGUGAACAGGUUCGGCCUCCGGAGGGACGUGCUGAGCUACAGCCUGAGCGGGAUGGGGUGCAGCGCCGGGCUGCUGGCAGUGGACUUGGUGAGGGACUUGAUGAAGGUGCGCAGCGAGUUCCUCGCGCUAGUCGUCAGCAUGGAGGCCGUCGGCCCCCAUGGGUACUGCGGCAAGGCCAAAUCCAUGAUUGUCACUAAUUGCCUCUUCCGCAUGGGCGGCGCCGCUCUCCUCCUCUCCAACAGGGAGAGCUCCCGCGCAAGCUCCAAGUACGUCCUGCAGCACCUCGUGCGGACUCACCUUGGCCAUGACGACAAGGCCUACAGGUAACUCUCCUUCCCUCCCUCCCUCCUCCCUCCCUCCCUCCUCGUCGGCGAAGGACUGGCAUGGUUGUGGGUACUCCCAGUGAUGGGGCACGAUGGUUGGCUAGGUCCGUCUAUCAGGAGCCUGACGAAGAGGGCGGCGGAGUGGGGGUGUCACUGUCCAGGGCGCUGCUGCACAUCGCCGGGAGGGCGCUGUCGGCGAACAUCGCAUCGCUAGCGCCGCUGGUGCUGCCGUACUCGGAGCAGGCCAGAUACGCGUGGUCGGGGGCGGCGGCGUGGCUGUUUCCGGCGUCUUCGCCAGGGAGUUUCCCCGUGCCGAACUUCCGGCGGGCUUUCGAGCACCUGUGCGUGCACGCCGGCGGCCGGGCGGUGAUCGAUGGCAUUGAGGAGCGGCUGAAUCUGAGACCGGAGGACAUGGAGGCGUCCAGGAUGACGCUGUACCGCUUCGGGAACACGUCCUCGUCCUCGAUUUGGUAUGAACUGAGCUACCUGGAGGCGAAGGGGCGGCUGCGCAGGGGAGACAGGGUGUGGCAGAUCAGCUUCGGCAGCGGGUUCAAGUGCAACAGCGCCAUGUGGCGCUGCGUCUCCGAUGCCGCCGCCGCCCCCAGCCGCUGCAACGUCUGGCACAACAUCAUCCACCAGUUCCCUGUGGCCGUCCCAGAGGUGCUCGAUCACUGA